UAGCCCCCCUUAAAACCAGCGAUCACCCACACCUCACGCAGUCACUGUGAUCACACUCUCAUGGCGUUAGAGUUCAAAUCCCACCGCGACGACGCCUGGUACGACGCCAUCCUCCUCACGGAGCAAACCUCCACCGGCCUCCGCCUCCGUGUCUCCUUCGCCACCUUCCCCGACGACCAGGACGAGUUCGUCACCCUCGCCGACGUCACCACCUCCACCGACCUCGACGCGCUCCUCUCCCGCGUCCGCCGCCGCUCCCUCCAGCUCCAGGACUCCGAGUGCUCCUCCGUCGACAAAGGCCUCCUCGUCUGCGCCUCCCGCUCCCUCCAGCCCGACGACCGCCGCUUCUUCGACGCCUUCAUCGACGGGGUUGUGCAUAAGGAGCAUAAGGUGGUGAAUGGAGUGGAGGAGUGCACAUGCAGCUUUAUACUGGAGUGGAUUCACGGCCCGCAAGCAGGGACUCUCACGGUGGUUGAGCUUCCGGACAUUUGCAGAGUCCGGCUGCCUGUUGUGGACGAGGAGAUUGACCCGGCGUUGACUGAGUUUGUUAAUGCGGCCAAGGAGAAGAUUGAGAGGACUGAGCUGACGUUUUCCAAUUCCAUUGGGAGUUGCGGUGAGAGAGGUGGCGGCGAUUGCGAGAGCGAGGGUAGUAGUAGGAGGAGGAAGAAGAGGCGCAAAGGGAGCUCUUUUUCGCAGGAUACAAGAUGUGCUAGGGGAUCCGUAACUCUAUGCUCGUCUUCCAAAGAGAUGAUGAACAAUUCUUCUGUAAGGGAUGGAGAUGACAUGGAUAUUGGAGGGCUUCCCAAUAUGAUAUAUGUUGAAAAUCUUGAGAAGGGGAUCUCAUCAUUUACGAUCAUGGAAUUCAUAUACCAGAAACUUUCAAUAUCAUGUCAAGCAUUUGUUUCUCCAUGUAAGCCAUCAGAGGUGUAUACAUCAGGAACCAUUAGGUUGAACAGCAAAAAGGACCACGAUAAGUUAUCUGAGUUUUUGGGAAGCCCAGAUCGCAUCAUCAUGUCGUCAAGAGGAAGGCCUUGGGUUCUGACUGAAAAAAUAUCUUCAAAUGACACAACAAGGGCAUCAGUUGAAACCUUCAAGCAGACUUAUCAGACAACAUUAGAGUGUAGAACUCAAAGGACUAAUGAGUUGAAGGCUAUCAUGUCUGGGAGUCGAGAAUACACAACAGCCAAGCAACUUAAGGAUCUGUUCAAGGAGUUUACUGAUCAUCAGUGCGGACUUCAUCAAAGAUUACUCCAGGAAGAGGGAAAGAUUUCACGGCUAACUAUGUGAUGGAUUUGUGAUGGCUAAUGUUUGAGUUACUUGUGCAUAGGUCUGACCGAAGGUAGAUUGUGUUGGUUGUAAAACACUUGGUGUCCAUGUUUCUUGAACUUGCUAUCAUCAGGCAACACUUUCCUUAACAGAUUGUAUAAUCCGCUGGUUUUGUAUCAGUUCUUGCAUAUAGGGUUGAGAAUCAGAGUGAAGAUGGCAUGUUAAUAGUUUCACAUUGGUAAUUUGGUACAAGUAUCCUUCUUUUUGUGCAA